AUGUCUUUUCUAGGAUUAGGUGGUGGUCAACCACAAAUGAGCUCCCAACAAAAAGUCUCAGCAGCCGAAGCAGAACUCGACUUGGUAACCGAUAUGUUCAACAAACUGGUCGAUAACUGCCAUAAGAAGUGUAUACAAGCUUCUUACAAUGAAGGUGAACUGAACAAGGGUGAAUCUUCCUGCAUUGAUAGAUGUGUAGCGAAAUAUUUCGAAACCAACGUGAAGGUUGGUGAGAACAUGCAAAAACUGGGCAACGCUUUUGGCAACGGUGGUAAAUUUUAA